AUGGCGCGUAACUCAGAAAAAGCGCAGUCCAUGCUCUUCCGGUUCCGUGCCGCACAGGCCGCCGAAUCUGGUCUCCUCCCAUCCGCCAGCCUGCGCCGGCCCAAGGCGCCUUCUACGGUAGACACGGUGCCCCUGUGUGAAAAGUGGCGUGGCCAAAUCCUCAAAGAAAUCUCACGCAAAGUGACGAAGAUACAAGACGAGUCGCUGUCCGACUUUCAGAUCAGGGAUCUAAACGACGAGAUCAACAAGCUGAUGAAGGAGAAGUGGGGCUGGGAACGGCGUAUACGAGAGCUUGGAGGACCUAAUUACAUGCGGGGUGGAGGCACAGUGUUUGAUGACCAAGGCCGAGAGGUACCCGGUGGAGGCAAAGGGUACAGAUACUUUGGGAGGGCGAGGGAACUGCCCGGCGUCAAGGAGAUGUUUGAGCGGGCGGCCAAGAGGAGAGUCCACGGCGACGAGGAGGAAGAAGCCGCCAAAAGGCCGCAGCUGGACAUCAAUCGGAGGCACCUCGACGCCAGGUAUUUUGGUUUCGGGCCGGACGAGGAGAAUGGCACGCUGUUGAAGUAUGAGAGGAAGAAAGAAAAAGAGGCUGUUGAGAGGGUGGCGAAGUUGGCUGGCGCGGAGGACGAGGACCCAGACUGGGAACCCUUACCUGGCGACGCCGGCGAUGGUGUGAGAUGGCGCCUGCCCACUUUGGAAGAAGUUCAAGAGGAACUGGUGGAUCGAAGACGCAGGCAAUUGCUUGACAGGCUUGGUUGA